CGCCCCGUGUCGAAGCUUCGGCCGGACAAGCCGCUGGUGCUGGCGGCGACGACCAGUGUGGCUGCCGUUGCACAAGUGAUGGUGGAGCGUCGCGCCGCAGCGGUGUUGUUGACAGGCAAGGACGGGACUUUGAGCGGCAUCUUGACGGACACAGACGUGACCCGACGUGUGGUGUCGAAGGAGCUGUCGGUGGAGGGGACGACGGCGGAAGACGUGAUGACUGCAAACCCGACGACGGUGACGCUGGAGGAUGAUUGCUUGGACGCGCUGACCUUGAUGGUACGGGGCAGCUUCCGUCAUCUUCCCGUGCUGGACUCUGGGGACGCGGUGGUGGGAUGCCUGGACAUCGCCAAGUGCUUGAACGAUGCUAUCACUCGGUUGGAGAAGAUGGAGGAGCAUCGGGAGAAACAGUUGGGCAACGGUACGAACAAGCAGCUGGAGGCAGCGGCGAUGGCGAUGGCGUUAGCAGGACGUGGGGGCGGGGGAAAGCACCAGACGGCGCUUGUCUCGACGCUCAUGCAAUUGCUUUCUUCCAGCGGCGGGAAUGGAGAGGACGGUGGGAGCAAGCUGCCGAGUGUGGGGAGUAUGCUCAGCGGAGCUUCUUCUACAGCACUUCUCUCGAAAGAGGCCAGUGUUCUUGAGGCGUCGAGAGAGAUGGCAGCCUCGCGUAAGGCAUGCCUGGUGGUGGGUGAGAACGGUGAGCUGAUCGGGUUGGUCACCUUCAAGGACGUGUUGGGGCGGGUGGUGGCGAAGGGGCUGUCACCGGGGGGGGCGAUUCUGGGCGAGGUGAUGACGCCCAAGCCUGGGAGCGUGACCCCGGACAUGUCACUGUUGGAUGCGUUGUACACGAUGCGGGACGGACACUUCUUGAAUUUGCCUGUGGUGGAGGAGAGUGGCCGCGCUCUGGGGCUGCUGAGCGCGAUGGAGAUCGUGCAGAGUCUGAGCUCGUUGACAGGGAAGGACGACGGCGGGAGGUCGUUCUGGGCGUCGACGAUGGCGGAAGGAGACGAUGCGUGGGAGUCGCAGUCCGAAGCUGGCUCCAUGCGCAG